AUGUCCAUCGCUCAAGAUGCCACUAAAGCAGCGUAUCAUUCUCCAGCUUACAACGCAGCGGGAUCCGCCAUGAUGAGCUUCACGCCAGUCAACCAGAUUCAUCAACAUUUGUGCGGUCUUCACGUCUACGCCAUUGAUCCAUCUCGGUCGGUGGUAGCUCAUCACUUCUGUACGCACCUCUCGAGAGAUUUGCACCAAUGCGUGAUUUACGAUUGCGAUAAGGCAGAUGCGAGGCUGAUAUAUGUCAUUAGUGAAGACAGGUUUGUAGCUUUACCAGAGGAGGAGAAGAAGUACUGGCAUAGUCACAAGUUUGAAGUGGAGUCUGGCAUGUUGGUCUUGGGUACGAAGACAAUCGUGCCGAACGCCAUGACGACGGCUGCGGAGCGUCCAGCCAUGAUGGAGCUGCAUCGAACGUAUGGCAAGACGAUCCAUACUUGGCAACCUGACAUUCAACCUGAUCUCCCACUUGGCCCUCCUCAACUCAUGAUGGCGUACACCGAUUUCGAACAGGUCGAUCAGUCUCUUCUCGACAAGAGGGACAAGGAGAUGGGUUUAGCCACGAGUACAUUUCGAACCAAUCGUCUGGGAUACCUCAAAUCUGAGGACAUACAGCGACCCGUUGCGGGCGGCUGUGAUACGUGGACACGGGGAGACCGUUUGUCCUUCAGCCUCUCGGGGAAAGAACAGGAUGCAGAAGCAAAGUAGCCUUUAAGAGGAUUGCAUGUUGUACAAUCGCCCUAAGCUCAUGUCACUCACACCUGCAUAGCUGCCUCUGAGCGCCACACUCGUCACUGCCACUCGAUCAUUUUUUGGGACGUAAUUCCAGGCCCAGCCAGGCCAACUUCACAUAGCCAGAUUUCAUGAGGUCCUUCUCUCACUGAGGCUGGCUAGCUCACGUUCUCAUCUUAAUGUUCAUGUUCAGUCGUGCGCCUUCACCCACAUGCUUGGACCAUCCAUAGAGGUAUAUGCCUAUGCACCGCGUUUUUUCUCCCCUACCCAAGGACAGUCCCCGCGGGUGAAUUUUCUUGCGGGAGGUAAACAAGCCCGCCGCCCGCCUUUUUCCCACCUCGACUCUUGGCUCAUGGGUUUCAUGGCGUGCUGAUAGUCAUUAUAGCAGGAGGAGGCUUCCGGGAGCAUCAUCGAUGAGUGCAGUAUA